GGUCACGAGUGCCAGCGCGGCCGGCGGAGGCGACAUGGCUUCGGAGCGGGCGGUGCGCGCCAGGCUGCAGCGCGCGGGCCAGGAACACCUGCUGCGCUUCUGCGCCGAGCUAGCGCCGGGGCCGCGCGCCGCGCUCCUAGCGGAGCUGGGGGCGCUGGAGCCCGAGGCGCUGCGGGAGCACUGCCGGCGCGCGGCCGCGGCCUGCGCGCAUCCCCCGGGCCCGCCGCCCGACCUGGCCGCGCGCCUGCGGCCCCUGCCCCCCGAGUGCGUUGGCAGCGCGAGCCGGUGCGACCCCGAGACGCGGCUGCUCUGGGAGGAGGAAGGUUUCCGCCAGAUCGCUCUGAACAAGGUGGCUGUGCUGCUGCUGGCUGGGGGGCAGGGGACUCGCCUAGGCGUGACCUACCCCAAAGGCAUGUAUCAGGUGGGGCUGCCCAGCCAGAAGAGCCUGUAUCAGCUGCAGGCCGAACGGAUUCAGCGGGUGGAGCAGCUUGCUGGCGAGCGCCAUGGGACCCGCUGUACCAUCCCAUGGUACAUCAUGACGAGUGAGUUCACGCUGGGGCCCACAGCCACCUUCUUCCAGGAACAUGACUUCUUCCACCUGGACCCCAAUAACGUGAUCAUGUUUGAACAGCGCAUGCUGCCUGCUGUGAACUUUGAUGGCAGGGCCAUCCUGGAGCAGAAACACAAGGUUGCCAUGGCCCCAGAUGGCAAUGGGGGGCUGUACUGCGCACUGUCAGACCACCAGAUUCUGGAGGACAUGGAGCGUCGAGGAGUGGAGUUUGUGCAUGUGUACUGUGUGGACAACAUCCUCGUGCGGCUGGCUGACCCGGUCUUCAUUGGCUUCUGCGUGCUUCGCGGCGCAGACUGUGGGGCCAAGGUGGUGGAAAAGGCCUACCCAGAGGAGCCAGUGGGUGUGGUGUGCCAGGUGGACGGGGUCCCCCAGGUGGUGGAGUACAGCGAGGUCAGCCCCGAGACUGCUCAGCUUCGUGGGCCUGAUGGGCACCUGCUCUACAGCCUGGGCAACAUCUGCAACCACUUCUUCACCCGAGGCUUCCUCCAGAUGGUCAGCAGCGAGUUUGAGCCCUUGCUGAAGCCACAUGUGGCUGUGAAGAAGGUCCCAUACGUGGAUGAGGAGGGAAAUCCGGUAAAGCCGAUAAAACCAAACGGGAUAAAGAUGGAGAAGUUUGUGUUUGAUGUGUUCCCGUUUGCUAAGAGUUUCGUGGCCUUUGAAGUGUCUCGGGAGGAGGAGUUCUCUCCUCUGAAGAAUGCUGCCUCGGAUGCCAGAGACAACCCCGCCAUGACCCGGCGUGCCCUGCUCAUGCAGCAUUACCGCUGGGCCCUGCAGGCAGGGGCCCACUUCCUGGAUGCGUGUGGGGCCCGGCUCCCUGAACUGCCCAGCCUGCCGGACGGCACAGAGCCUCCAGCCAUCUGUGAGAUCUCACCCUUGGUGUCCUACGCUGGAGAGGGUCUGGAGAUGUACCUGCAAGGCCGCGAGUUCCGGUCCCCCUUCAUCCUGGAUGAGAACCAGGCCAGGGCUCUGCAGGCCUGACUGGCUCCCAGACCUGCCAACCCCAGGGCCUGAGGGCUGGGGACACAGCUUACUCCACCAGGGUGGGGCCUCUCCCACCACCGGUUCCCACGGACACAAAUGACCCUAGGCCUGCUAGAGACCUACGAGGGUUUUUUCCUCUGGGCUCCUGGCUGCGGGAGGCAGAGGUGUGGCAUCCCAUCCCGGUCCUGGGCCCUGCCUGGGGGCGACUGGAGGAUCAAUGGCCCCUUCUAGCCCUCCACGCAGCUCCCCUUGGUGAAGAGCUACAGCCACGCAGCUUCUCUGCAGAUACACAGGUGGGCAGGGAGGGAGGAGGGAGGGGAGGGCGCCCCUCCCUCGCAGGGCCAGGUGUGGAAGGUGCUGCCCCCUCCCUCCCUCCCUCCCUCCUGCUCUGGCAGCCAACAGGAAGCCGAAGGAAGCCGGUGAGGCUGGAGGGGGGUGGGUGGCACAGCCUGGCCCCAAAUUUCUCACCACCCCCAGCCCACACUCAGCCUGCACACCUAAAGGGGGAACCUCUCCAUUUCCCCAGAGACCUCGAUUCCUCCGCCACCUCUGUGGUUGGUUCAGGCCCCUGCAUUUUAGGUGCUCCGACCAAGAACCAGGGGGCCCAAGAACCAGGGGGCCGACACUAGGGGCCUCUCACCACGUGGCUCCUCAGUCUGGAACGCAAGCGGCCAGAGAGCGCUCCACCCCUCGACUCUCCACCGACCGGAAGCGGGCUUUCUAGUCUGCCACACAUCGUGGCGCUCUCUAGAGGGAGACGCGGCCUCCAUGUCCGGGCGCAGGCUCGGGCAUUGCACCCCUGCAGCCAGACCGGGGCUGCGGGGAAAGCCGCGGGCCCAGCCCCUCGCCCCUGCCUGCUUUCCCCUCCGCAAGGCAACACAGGGGGCCACCCCCCACCCUGGCCUGCGCGGCAGCCCUCACCGCGUGGGAGCCGAGCUCGCCCGAGGAAAAGGAUGCCCUGGGCCCCCUGCAUCCUGACCUGGGCCCGGGGCGGGGGCAGGGCCGCGCCCCCCCCCUCCAGGAGGACUGUGUACCCCCCAGGCCCUGCCAGUCCUUCGUAACCUCAGAGGUGACCCGUGUGCCUGAGGACCCUUCCCUCGGCUGCUCUCUCGCCCCCAGCUGCCGCUCCCCAGCGCCACAGCCCCAAGCUGUGCAACCUGUCUUCUCAGCAGGAGGGUCAACUACGGACACCGUUGCUGUGAAGGGACGGUUUAUUUUAAAAUAAUUAGACCCUUCUAUCAGGUCUCACACACAGCACGGAGGGAGGCAGGGAGGUGCCGGGUGCGGACCGCCGUCUCCGCGGACCCGCAGCUUACAGGAUGGUAGGGCUCCCAGUCCUGUCUCACGGGCGUGCGCGCCCCUUCCCGCUGUGUCCUCCAGAGAGGCCCCUCGGGCUACCGGGACAGUCUCUGACCCCAGACGAGCCACCGCGGAACCACUGACUUCUGAGGGACUGCCACGCUCGGAUGCGACGGAAUGCGGGGGUGGGGG